CUCGUAAGUCGUAACAAUUCGGCAAGUUUGGGAAGAACGGCUAGCUGCGUUCUGCCUACGCCGGAUUUUACAAUUCUGACACUCUCUAAGCACCUUCCGCCGCCGCCGCCAUGGGAGAAGCUACGAAGUAUACUCUGCCGGAAACCGUACGAUCAACUGUGUUUAUGGAAUCCGAGCAGUUGGAUGGCGCGUGCGCCAAAAUCGAGGGCUACAAUUUCAAUAACGGCGUCAACUAUCACGAGCUUUUCAAGUCCAUGUCCGUCACUGGAUUCCAGGCAUCCAAUCUCGGCGACGCCAUCCGUUUGGUUAAUGAAAUGCUAGAUUGGAGGCUUUCAGAUGAGACUCCAGAAGAAGAUUGCAGUGAAGAGGAGAGAGAGCUUGCUUAUCGAGAGUCUGUGAAGUGUAAAGUGUUUCUCGGUUUUACUUCCAAUCUCAUCUCCUCUGGCAUUCGAGAUAUAGUCUGCUAUCUUCUUCAGCAUCGCAUGGUAGAUGUAGUGGUAACGACAGCAGGUGGUGUGGAGGAGGAUCUCGUGAAGUGUCUUGCACCAACUUACAGAGGGGAUUUUUCUCUGCCUGGAGCUGUUCUUCGUUCAAAAGGUUUGAACCGAAUUGGUAACUUGUUGGUUCCUAAUGACAACUACUGUAAAUUCGAAGACUGGAUCAUACCAAUCUUUGAUCAGAUGUUGGAUGAACAAAAUUCACAGAAAAUAUUGUGGACACCCUCUAAAGUUAUUGCUCGAUUGGGGAAAGAGAUCAACAAUGAAACUUCAUACCUCUACUGGGCAUACAAGAACAAUAUUCCCGUAUUCUGCCCUAGCUUAACAGACGGUUCGCUGGGUGACAUGUUGUACUUCCACUCGUUCAAGAACCCUGGUCUUGUCAUAGACAUUGUUCAAGAUAUUAGAGGGAUGAACAGUGAAGCAGUACACGCUUCACCGAGGAAGACUGGUAUGAUAAUACUAGGUGGAGGGCUUCCAAAGCAUCAUAUUUGCAAUGCGAAUAUGAUGCGUAAUGGCGCUGAUUAUGCUGUCUUUAUUAACACUGCACAAGAGUUUGACGGAAGUGAUUCCGGUGCACGUCCCGAUGAAGCUGUGUCUUGGGGCAAAAUCAAAGGUUCUGCUAAGACUGUCAAGGUGCAUUGUGAUGCGACCAUUGCUUUCCCGCUGCUGGUAGCGGAAACAUUUGCAUCAACUAGGGCAAAGACAUCUGCUGAGAAUAAUACUGUUGUCGAUUAAAGAAUUUUGGCCAAUCUUUCUGUCCAGAUCGAUCAAGAGAGAUUAAUUGACAGGUGUAGACUUUCCUUCAUUUAUCCUAGGAUUUACGAUUGAUUAUUUGAGUUGUGUAAACUCUCCCACACGAAGAAACAUAUUUAUGAUGAUUGGAACUCUCCCUGUUAGUGAAAACGUGUUCUCGUACUGAGUAUCGAAAAUGUUUCCUGAUUUAU